ACAGGCAGGGAAGAUAGAGGCGGGCAUGGUUUUGUUUUGUUUGUUUUUGACGUAGGGUAGAGUCACAACUGUUAACCUAUAGUGUAACAUUACCUGUGCUUUACCUGAACCGCCCACACCCACCUGCUGCCAGCUGUGAACCGGCGGCACGUCGGCAGAGAAAAACGGACGGACUGUCAGUGAGCAAUGAAAUGAAGUUUUACUCCUUCAGAUUUGGAUGUCUCCUAGCUUUCGCUUGUCUUGCGUCCGUCACUUGGUUUAAAUCGAUCCCCAAUGAUGAAGGUUCGACAGCACUUCCAGACCUGCGGGGCCUGUACGAGCGUCUGCUGGUGGCCGAGCAGCUGGGAGGCCAGGUCAACAGGGAUCUCACCAGCAUCCUGGAACAGCUGAAGAACAUUCCUGAAACUGCCAGCAUCAGACAGCCCACCAGUAACACUACCACCAACGCCUCCACAGAAGCAAUAAAGCAGCUGAGUGGGGGUCCAGGCCAACAGAUCCUCCAGCCCAACAUGUACUUCUACAUGCCUCACCUCAGACAACAUCCGGACAGCCUCCUACCCAACAUAGUCCUGGGAAAGGGACGCCGUGGAGUGUCCAUAGUGAUGGGAAUUCCUACAGUGAAGCGUGAGAAGCAGAGCUACCUGGUCAGCACGCUCACCUCUCUGUUCUACGGCCUGACUUCGUCGCAACAGCGAGACCUUCUCAUAAUUGUCUUCGUUGCUGAGACCGACUCAGCCUAUGUGAGCAGCAUAGCAGAGACCAUUGGGAAGAAUUUUCCCAAGGAGGUGGAGUCCGGGCUGUUGGAGGUCAUCUCUCCUUCACAGCAUUAUUACCCUGACUUCACCGACCUCAGAGAGACCUUUGGAGACUCCAAGGACAGAGUCAAAUGGCGAACAAAGCAGAAUCUGGACUUCAGCUUCCUCAUGCUCUAUGCUAAAGACAAAGGAAACUAUUAUGUUCAGUUAGAGGAUGAUGUCGUUGCAAAAGCAGGCUACUACACCAACAUGAAGACCUUCAUCAUGCAGACAGCGUCCAAGCACUGGCUGUACCUGGAGUUCUCCCAGCUCGGAUUCAUAGGCAAGCUGUUUCGAACCUCUGACCUCCCAUUGGUGGCAGAGUUCUUUCUGAUGUUCCACAGAGACAAACCCAUCGACUGGCUGUUAGAUCACAUUCUGUGGGUGAAAGUUUGCAACCCAGAAAAAGACGCAAAAGACUGUAAUCAACAGAAGGCAGCGCUCAAGCAGAGGCACAAGCCCUCCCUCUUCCAGCAUGUCGGCCUCCACUCCUCUCUGUCUGGGAAACUACAGCAUCUGAGGGAUAAGGACUUUGGGAAUCAGAAUCUGUUCCAGGCCCACAAUAACCCAGCUGCAGAGCUGAGCAGCAGCCUGAAACAUUACCAGCAGCACAGUCUGGACAGGGCUUACAAGGGACAGGACUUCUUCUGGGCAUUAACACCCACCCAGGAUGACUACAUCCUCUUCAACUUCCCGCAGCCAAUCCACAUAUCCGGGUACCUGUUUCGCAGUGGAAAUAUCGAGACCAGUGGAGAUAAAUUCUACAACACAACAGUGGAAGUGCUGCCCAGCAAUGUAUCAGCACGAGACAAACUAGUCCCUGGCUUGUCUUCUGCCUAUAGAGAAUCUGAUAAGGGUUUCAUCAUUAUUGGUGCCUUUGUGAAUGGGCUUGCUGAGGGUGAGAUUGAAGAAGCGCUGCAGCCGAUCUCAGCACUGCGCCUCGUGGUUCACUCUGACGCUGACGUCUGGGCUCUGCUGAGUGAGAUACUCAUUAAAGUUUGAUGACCACAGAGGAGAGGGGACCACAAACACCUGCCAUCGAACCUGGUGCUUCACCUGAUUAAACUGCUCCCUCUGCUGGACAAAGGCUUUCAGGGACUUAUCUAAAUUGAGGAUUACAUGAACUGCCGAAACAGACUGACCGCUAAAUAAUUUCCAGCUCCCUUGUGAAUUGACCACAUUGCUGACUCACAGGAGCUAUUUAAAGACACUCCAUUUAUCAAAGUGUUCAUUGUUAAAACAACAGAGCUUCUCAAUGACUAAUUUAUUAUAUUUUGUUGUAACAAAUAAAGAAAAAAUACCCAGUAGCACCUUUG